CCCCCCCCCCCCCCCCCCCCCCCUAGCCCCCCCCCCCCCCCCCCCCCCCGCCCCCCCCCCCCCCCCCCCCCCCCCCCUGCCCCCCCCCCCCUCCCCCCAUCACCCCCCCCCCCCGCCCCCCCCCCCCCCCCCCCCCCCCCCCCCCCCCCCCCCCACCCCCCCCCCCCCGAACCCCCCCCCCCCCCCCCCCCCCCCCCCCCCCUCCCCCCCCCCCCCCCCCCCCCCCCCCCCCCCUCCCCCCCCCCCCCCCUCCCAGCCCCCCCCCCCCCUCCACCCCCCCCCCCCCCCCCCCCCCCCGUCCCCUCCCCCCCCCCGCGCCCCCCCCCCCCCCCCCCCCCCCCCCCCCCCCCCCCCCCCCCCCCUCCCCCACCCCCCCCCCCCCCUCCCCCCGCCAGCCCCCCCCCCCCCCCCCCCCCCUCCCCCCCCUCCCCCCCCCCCCCCCCACCCCCCCCCCCCCCCCCCCCCCCGCCCCCCCUAUACUCCCCGCCCCCCUCCCCCCCCCCCCCCCCACGUCCCCCCCCCCCCCCCCCCCCCCCCCCCGCCCCCCCCCCCCCCCCUCCCACCCCGCCCCCCCCCCCCCCCCCCCGCCCUUCCCUCCACCCCCCCCCCCCCUCCCCCCUCCCCCCCCCCCCCCCCCCCCCCCCCGCCCCCCCACCCCCCCCCCCCCCCCCACCUCCACCCGGCCCCCCCCACCCUGUCGCCCCCCCCCCCCCCCCCACCCCCCCCCCCCCCCCCCCCCCCCCCCCCCCCCCACCCCCCCCCCUCCCCCCCACCCCCCCCCCCCCGCCCCCCCCCCCCCCCCCUCCCUGCCCCCCGCCCCCCCCCCCCCCCCCCCCCGCCCCCCCCCCCCCCCCCACGCCCCACUCCCCCCCCCCCCCCCCCCCCCCCCUCCCCCCCCCGCCCCCGCCUCCCCCCCCCCCCCCCCACCCCCCCCCACCCCCCCCCCCCCCCCCUCCCUCCCCCCCCCCCCCCCGCCCCCCCAUCGCCCCCCCCCCGCCCCCCCCGCCCCCGCCCUGUCCCCCCCCUCCCCCCCCGCCCCCCCGCGCCCCCCCCCCGUCGCCCCCCCCCCCCCCCCCCGCCCCCCCCCCACCCCCCCCCCCCCCCCCCACUCCCCCCCUCUCCCCCCCCCCCCCCCACCCCCCCCCCCCCCCCCUGCCCCCCCCCCCCCCCCCCUCGCCCCCCCCCCCCCCCCUCCCCCCCCCCGGCCCGCCCCCCCCCCCCCCCCCCUACCCACGCACCCCCUCCCCCCCCCCCCUCCAGCCGCCCCCCCCCCCCCCCCCCCCUCCCCCCCCCCCCCCUCCCCCCCCCCCCCCCCUCCCCCCCUCCCCCCCCUGCAGCCCCCCCUGUGCCCCCCCCCCCCCCCCCCCUGUCACCCCCCCACCCCCCCCCCCCCCCCCCCCCCCGCCCCCCCCCCCCCCCCCCCCCCCCUCCCCCCCCCCACCCCCCCCCCCCCCCCCCCCCCGCCCCCCCCCCCCCCCGCUCCCCCCCCCCCCACCCCCCCCUCCACCCCGUCCCACCCUCCCCCCCCCUCCCCCCCCCGCCCCUCCGCCCCCACCCCCCCCGCCCCCCCCCCUCCCGCACCCCCCCCCCCCCCGCCCCCCCCCCCCCCCCCCUCCCCCCCCCCCCCCCCUCCCCCCCCCGCCCCCACCCCCGCCCCCCCCCCUCGCCUCCCCUCCCCCCCCCCCCCCUCCCCCCACUCCCCCCCCCCUCCCCCCCCCCCCCCCUAAGCCUGCAAUCAUCUCCCAGUAUCCUCCUAGCAACUUAGCAGCCUGGAGCCACCUUUCAGUAUCUUCUAGCAACCUAGGGAGCCUGAACCACUUUUCUGGGAGCCAGGAGUCACCUGUCAACAUCCUCCAGCAACCUGGAGCCACCUUCCAUCGCCUUGAGUCACCUUUCAACAAUCUGGAACCACCUUCCAACAACUUGGAGCCACCUUCCAGUAACCAGACUACCUUUAGCACCUUUGGAACCACCUUCCAACACCCUGGAGUCACCUUCCAGCUCGGUGGAUCCACCUAA